CAGGACAUUACAGUCUGAAAUACAGAAGUGAUGACCGAGAUGAGUUCCUUCAUGACCUCUUUUCAUUGAAGACAUGCAAUUUCAUUUCAUUUUUAUCAUGACGCAGUGGAGCACAUGCACACCACACUUGAAAGUCAUUCUUAUCGGAAACUCUGGAGUGGGAAAAUCUUCAUUUAUGACCCGGUUUGUCGACCAUCGCUUUACUAAUUUGUAUUGUGCCACAAUUGGGGUAGAUUUCCUUACUAAAGAAAUCACUAUUGAUAAAAGAUCAGUGAUUCUUCAGAUCUGGGACACUGCAGGAACAGAGAGGUUUCACUCCCUGGGUACCACACUAUAUCGUGGAGCUCACUGCUGCCUCCUAGUGUUUGAUGUUACCUCGUCCAUCUCCUUUGAUGCACUAGAAGUCUGGAAGAAAGAGUUCCUGGUGCAGGCAUGUCCUUCGGACCCCUCUGCAUUCCCUUUCAUAGUGCUCGGCAAUAAAAUUGACUUGGAUUAUCGUGAGGUGUCCCCUAACAAGGCCCAGCAGUGGUGCAGUGAAAUCGGAGCUGAAUAUUUUGAAUGUAGUGCCAAGGAAGACAUUGGAGAGACGCUAUUGUUUGUGUCGCACUCUCUGCAGCUCAAAAGUCACCAUGUGGAGAAUGGAGAAGACAUCCAGAUUAUACAGAAACAACAGGAGAAGCCGCUAAAUAAAAAAUGCUAUUGCUGAAGCAAGAACAAACUCCUGUUCAAUGUUAAGGCCCAUUCACACCAAGGGUGACGAUUAUUAUAACUAGAAACGUUCUAGUUCAUAUUAGAAACGUUCUAGUUCUGAUAUAGUGAAGUCCACAACAGCUAUAACAAUAACUACACAGAAGAACAUUUUCGUUGGAACCACUUUUAAAAAACUUUUUUUCCCCAGCUGAUGAACGAUAAUAAUAUUGAGCCAAUCAGAAUCCACCCAGCUUUAAAGAGCUUGAUUUUUUUGAAAGCGGCAGACGACAACUACAGUGCAUGAUUAUAAUAAACAAUGUUUUCGUCCAUUGGUGUGGAGGCUAAUAUAGUUUAGUUAUUAUUCUUGGUGAAUGGGCCUUUAAUCUAUGGAAUCAGUAAUUUCACUGAUGAAAGGUGGUUGCUGAAAAAGUUUUAUUUUUUAUUUUGUCAGCAAUAAAGACGAGGUGAAAAUUCACAUCAUGACAAUAAUUAACUAUUUAAAAACACGCUACUGAUGAAAACGACAAUAAAAAAUAACACCUCAACAGUAAUA